AAGCAAAUUACAGCCCUCAGAUUCGCUCUCGCCAGAGAACAUGACCGUAUCCUUCAUCCGUUUUGGAACCACUAUGCAGGAACGUGCCGUACCUGUAGUGCGCAAGUCAGUGGCUUGCUAGCCUUCUCCCGGCGGAUUCCACCGAAGUUUUUUCGAAAUUCGGUUGGUCACUACGAGCUGUGGCCGCUGUUCUUCGCGAUGGGUGCAUUCUUCGCCGGAACGGCCGUCAUCGUGCCUUACACACUGAGCAAGUUCGACGUGUGGCUGAACCGCUCGAACCCAAUACCACCGUGGGACUGGCGCCGGUGCCGCGACAAGUACAUGAACAUACCGACGCGCCUGUACAGAGGCAACGAACUGCGACGCCACCUCGAUGACGCGGCGCUGAUAGUCCGCAUGGAAGACCAGCUGUACAGCUUGUACAACGCGAACGACAAAAAUAAAUGA